AUGAGGAGGACAAGGCUAGCGAGCCAACUGCUUGCCGGCGCCCCGAGAGCUGCCAGAGUAUCGAGGAUAUCGAGCUCGACGACACCGGCGCUGUGCACGAGAGGGUACGCCAGCGCCGUCUCGGGCCGCGAGCCCCUCUCGUUGGACGUCGAGGAUGAAGACGCCCUCUCGCCAAAGGAGCUCAUGCGGAGGUCGACGUCGCUGCCCUCACCACCCCCUGCGAGGGCAAAGUACUCGGCCAAGCUCGCCGCCCUGCAUGCACGACUCUCUCUUUCCCCCAAGAUACCGGUCGAGACCCUGGCCCGCGCCCUGAUCGACCCUUCCGCCGACGCACACCCCAGGUUCAACAAUGCGAACCUCGCCUGCAUCGGCGCCGCUCUCCUCAACAACCACGCCUCCGAGUUCCUCAUCACCAAGUACCCCCGUCUCCCCAUGACCAUACUCUUCACCGCCAUGAAGGGCUACGUGGGCAACCCCGUGCUGCACCAGAUUGCGCGCGCCUGGGGUGUCGAGGCCACGGCCUCGCCUGGCGAGGAGGUCGAUCCGGGUCUGCUGCAAUUCGAUAUCAACAAGCCCACCGCCAUGCACACCAGCUGGGGCUACGUUCGUGCCGAGAGCGCCGAGAUCCAGCGCUACAAGUGGCGGAGGGGUAUGAGCAGUCGUGUCAUGUACGACGACGCCUUUGGUGACCUGGUCCCUGGCCAGUCAUCUGUCUCGGAUAAGACGGGCGCUCUCGAGAUGCGCAAUGACAAGAACUCCAAGGAGAUGCUUGUCAAGGAUAUGCCCACGAACGCUCAUGCCAACUUCGUGAGGGCCGUUGUCGGUGCCGUUUACCUGCACUGCGGUCGCGAGGCUGCCAAGAACUUCAUCAAGCCGCACUUUCUCUCGCGGACCCUAGACCUGGCCAGCCUCUUCGAGUUUAAGAUUCCCACGCGAGAGCUGGCCCGUCUGUGCGCCAGAGAGGAUUUUGAGCUCCCAGUCGCCCGCCUGGAGAGCGAGACUGGUCGCUUGAGUAGGACACCAGUGUUCGUGGUCGGUAUCUACAGCGGGAGAGAUAAGCUUGGCGAAGGCACCGGCCCGGAUCUCGACUCGGCACGGAAGAUUGCCGCCAUGAACGCCCUGAAGGCUUGGUAUCUGUAUAGUCCUGGCGUCGUCGCCGUGCCCAGCGAUACCCUUGCAGAGGAUGCCGCACCGUGGAAGCCUGCCUACGUGGAUAUUGGCGAGGUUAUCUCAUAA